CGAAAACAUGGACAACUUCAUCGCAAUGCUACGAGAAGAUUACAAGUUCAUUGCUUUCGCAGAUGCCAUGGACGUUCACAAGAAAAACGUCUACAGAAUCUUCAAGCAACAAAGAUCAUGGGUCAUCGCUUUCAAGUAUGACUUAACCAUCAGGAAGGCUGUGUUCGCAGUGAGAAAUCCGGAUCAAAAAGUCCCUAACCCAGCUUUAUAGCCGUCCGGCCUGGUAAACGAAAUCUUUUACACGGCUAGAGCUCAAGACGACUUGAACACAGAAGACAACCCGUAUAAAAAGGGCGGCCCUAAGAAUGGAAAGAACCCCUACUCCAACAUUCUGACGGAUUUCCCGAAUCAAAGUACGAACACUAGAACAGUGCCAGGACCUUCUAGACCUUGGAAUGACAAGAAAGAGAGAACGGACUUCAAUAAAACGGCCCCGUACGGAAACUACAAAGGAAGAAAUUUCGAUCCUAAUCAUAAGAAGAUGAUGGAGAACACAAAAGGAAAAGGAAAGGAUAAAGAAGCGUAGGCGUUACUCACUCGCUAUCUUUGUACUUCGAAUCUCAUUUCUUUUUGUCACUAAGUUUGAUCUGUAUAGAUACAAAAUUAGCAAACUCGUUCUUACCUUUUUUAAUUUUUUUCUCCACCAUCGUUUUGUUAUCUACCAUGGAAAUGAAAUAUCAAAAACCAUUGGUAAAUUUCUUCUACG